ACAUGACUCGAGUCUUCACAACAAGUCUAUUAAAAACUUGGUUGAUCGGUUGUCUCUGAAUGCUGUGAAAGGUUUAAUGUUGACUGAGUUAAGGAAUUAGUAUUCUUCAUUAACCGAUUUAACUUUUAAAUAUUUUUGAUAGCCUGGGGCUGAGGGUGCUGUUUUGAUUGUGUUCGAUUAGAACAUGUAAGCUUUGAUAAGAUAUUUUCUGUUUGGAAAUAGACAAAAUCACAUACCGGACAUUUAUAGUAUAGUGCACUUGUGGGCUAACUGCUGUGGUAACAUCUACCAGAGACAACACCUCAGAAGAGGGUCUGGUUCACAUUUAUCUGUCCAUGCGCUGCAUAAUUAGACCUUUCCUGUUCCCCACCCUACUGAGGCUCUGGUCCCGCCUCUUGUUCAAAUCUCAGAGUGUGUCUUCAUUAUCAACUGCAGGGCAAGAUACUUGUAGUUAAGCACAGAUAAAAAAAAAAAAAAGAGGUUUGUGGGAAGACAGACAGACAGAGAGAGAAAUAGAGAGAGAGAGAGAGAAUCAUAAGUAAAGGUAAGGGGACAGAGAUUGUGGAAAAGAAGAGAAGAGAAAAGAUCAGUGGUGGAAAAGGUAGAUGAGAUAUGAGAGCAAAGUUGGGGAUCAAAGAGGCAUAGAUAUAAAAACGUGCUGCAAAAAAGAAAAGAGCGGUCAGGAGAGUGGCCAGCUUCGUCCUACGACCAAGAGAAAGGAAGAAACUAAGGAUCCACAGAUAAAGAUGCAUGUCUUCUUGCUGCUUGGCUGCUUUGUCCUCACCACGACAGAGUACUUUCUUUGCUCUGCCCACAUGAGCCCAGAUGAGAUACUCUCCAACAACAAGGUUGUUGUAUCUAACGUGUCCAACGCUCUGUCUCAAAGCCUACAGAUACACUCACCUCCUGUCGUUAUUGUUGAGUUGCCCAAAACAGCGAGGAAGAGCAGAAAAGGAAAGAAACAAAAAAAGAAAAAAUAUGGUGCAAAGCACCCUCCUCCUCCUCCUCCUCCUCCUCCUACUGCUCCUGCCAACUGCAGUCCCUUGUGGGGAAGCUGCAAAUCUCCGAGCAAUGUAUGCUGUGACAGCUGUGCCUUCUGCCAGUGUCGCCUCUUCAGAACUGUGUGUUUCUGUCGAAUGGGCAACCCACACUGCUGAGCGGCCGUCUGCAGCCUGACCCGACAAAACUUCACGCUGGCUUCAAAAUUGCUUCUUGGUUUGGUUCUCGAUUUUUAAUGCUGCCCUAAAUCUACUGCAUGAAAGCACUUUAUCAAAUAGGACUGCACCACAGUGAAGUGCCUUAAAUCUUCCAGGGUAUAAUGCUUGUACUGUAGCACUGCCAUGAAACCUUUUUUUAAAUUCAUGGUUUUAAGCUUUUAACGUGCAUACACAGAAUAAUACUGUAUGCUCAAGCUAUUUUCUAUUGCUUUAUUUUUUAUAUAUCAUUAUAUAUCAUUUCAAUGAGUAGCCAAUAUUUUAAUAAAGUUCUGUGUUUUCAUAUUCA